CUGGUCUUCGAUGCCGCAGCUAGCACAAAUGGUUUGUCAUUAAAUGACUAUCUACUGAAGGGGCCGGACCUACUUACAUCUCUGUUCGGCAUUAUGGUAAGAUUUAGGGAGAACAGAGUAGCGGUGACCGGCGAUAUAAAAGAUAUGUUUUUAAGGAUAAAGGUAAGAGAAGAAGACCAGAACGCACUCAGAUUUCUGUGGAGAAGCAGUCCUGCAGAACAUGAAAAAACGUACGUGAUGACGUCAUUAAUAUUUGGCGCGAAAUGUUCACCGUUCAUAGCUCAAUUUAUUAAGAAUAAAAACGCACUAAGGUAUGAGUCAUCGAUGCCAAACGCCGUAGCAGCGAUAUGUAAUCAACAUUAUAUGGAUGACUACAUAGACAGUUUGCCAGACGAGGCCGCCGCCAUAACAAUGGUACGUAAUAUUAGUAAAAUUCACAAAUCAGGUGGUUUUCAUAUUUGUAAUUGGACUAGCAACAGUCCAGCCGUAUUGGAUAGUAUUCCAAAGGAGUCCUUAGGUACUACGGCCGUAAAGUUCAAAAUAGAUCAAGAAUGCGAAGGUGAACGUACGCUCGGAUUGAUAUGGUACCCGCGCGAAGACGAGUUGGGGUUCGAUGUGUCUCUCAAGCGCAUACCACAUGACAUAAUUAAUGGUAAGAAUAGACCAACAAAAAGAGUUAUGCUCAGAGUCAUAAUGUCAAUAUUCGAUGUAUUUGGAUUCUUAUCGCCAUUUUCUAUACAAGGUAAAAUAAUGUUGCAAGAUACCUGGCGCGCUGGAAUCAGCUGGGACGACUUAGUAACAGAUGACAUACAUAAAAAAUGGUGUCAGUGGGUCAAUGUACUAACGAGUGAAAUAAAAAAUAUCCGUCUGCCGAGGUGGUAUCAAGCAGCGACGAGUGGGAGCGAGUCAGCGAUAAAACGUAGCACAUCAGUUCAGGUAAACAUAACCUCUCUCACCUCUCUUACAUCUACAAGCGUAACCGAACGGGCUAUCGGCUACGAAACUGGCGUAGCUAAUAGCUGCGCUACGACAUCCCGCUGCAAUGACGUAGUGACAGGCGCUACGAAACAGGUUUUGGCUGGAAGUGAAUAUAGUAAUUUAGAGUUACACUUGUGUUGCGAUGCGUCGACUAAAGCAAUGUGCGCAGUCGCAUACUGGCGAUGGUACGUAAAUAAAGAUAUAUGUAUGUCAUUCAUAGCUAGCAAGUGCCGUGUCGCGCCCGUGAGUCAUACUACCGUGCCGCGUUUGGAAUUGCAAGCUGCUUUAUUGGCUGCGAGGUUGGCAGAUACAAUAAUCAGAGAACACAAAAUAAAUCCAGUAAGGCGUUAUUUUUGGUGCGACUCUAGUACCGUGCUACACUGGAUAUGUAAUAAUACACGUAGCUAUAAAACGUACAUAGCAAACCGGCUGGGUGAAAUAGACGAGCUAAGCCGCCCUGAGGAGUGGCGGUAUGUACCUACAAAAUUAAAUGUUGCUGAUCUCGCUACGAGAGAAAAUUACGACUAUUCUCUUUUUAAAAAUGAAUGGUUUAGAGGUCCGUCAUUCUUAUACAGCGAUGAGUCAUCGUGGCCGGUGAAUAUAAUCGAUAAGAUAAAUGAAAUGAGUUUAGAACGAGUAAUGAUAAUACAACAUGAAGAUUGUAACUUACCUGUACCUGACCCAGGAAGAUUUUCAUGCUGGUUACGACUGGUAGUAAGUUACUUACGUUAUCUCCAUUUCUGGAUGAGUACGGGAUUCUCCGUGUCGGCGGCCGCAGAUGCUGCACCGGAUGUUGAACCUGAAAUGAAGAGACCUAUCAUCUUGGACGGGCGUAGUCAGGUAUCUCAAUUAAUUGUUAGAUACAACCAUGUGAAGACAGCCCACGGGAACCAGGAAACCGUUGUAAACAACCUGAAACAGAAAUAUUGGAUUAUUAGAAUACGUCCAACCGUAAAACAUGUAGCAUAUAAAUGUAUGUUUUGUAGAAUAAAAAGAGCAAAACCACAGGUACCGAGAAUGGGAGAGCUGCCUGAAGCACGACUGGCUCAUCAUCAGCGUCCUUUCACACACUGUGGUCUGGAUUUGUUUGGACCCAUGGAGGUCACUGUGGGGAGACAUAGAGAGAAAAGGUAUGGAGUUUUAUUUACUUGUUUGACCGUCCGUGGAAUCCACUUAGAACUGGUAUCAUCACUUACCUCUGACUCCCUCAUUAUGGCUCUUCGUCGAAUGGCAGCAAGACGCGGUUGGCCUCGUAUGCUGUACUCUGAUAAUGGUACAAACUUGAGAGGCGCUGAUGCUGAGCUGAAGAAGUCUAUAAAUGAGGUAGAUUUUGAUAGGCUAACAAAUGAAGCAGCUAAUAAUGGAGUGGAAUGGACCUUCAUCCCGCCUGCCAGUCCCCACUGGGGUGGGGCAUGGGAGCGACUUAUUAGGAGUGUCAAGACUUCACUUAGGGUAAUUUUAAAAGAACGUGCACCACGUGAAGAAGUACUCAACACGCUCCUGACGGAAGUUGAGAAUAUUGUCAACAGUCGACCCUUGUCACAUGUAUCGGUAGAAGUAGGUAGUAGUGAGUCUCUAACUCCUAAUCAUUUUAUGUUGGGUUCGUCAUCAAAUUUGCCAACUGUUGGUGUAUUUAAUGACUCUGAUUUGUACCUACGUAAACGGUGGCGUAAGGCGCAGAGGCUCGCUGACAUGUUUUGGAAGCGGUGGGUCAGAGAAGUGCUUCCUGACCUAAUACCUAGGCGUAAAUGGCAGUACGACCAGACACCGAUACAGGUAGGUGAUUUUGUACUUAUUGUCGAUCCUGAUGCACCUCGUAAUUUCUGGCUGAAAGCUGUGGUUCAGCAGGUGUUUCCAGGAAGGGAUGGUCGAGUUAGGGUCGUAGAAUUGAAAACUAAGACUGGCAUUUUGAAACGGCCGGUGACGCGUGUCGUUCGUAUUUCGAUGGAUAAUGAGUGCUGA